AUGGAGGCCAUAUACUCUCGCCACCUUCUGCCUGUAAACAGGGGGCUGCAGGGGGAGGGGGAUACCUUGUCCACCACCCUUCAUCCCGACUACGCGGCUGAGCCAUCCAUCGCCAGAGGGCUGAAGAGAGCCGUCGAUGCUGGAAUCGAGAACAUGGCCGUUAGCGCGAUGCAAGGUCAGUUUCUCAGCGUUCUUGCGAGGGGGAUCAAGGCGGAGAAGGUCCUCGAAAUUGGCACAUUGGCAGGCUACUCUACCACUUUCCUCGCUAGAUCUCUCCCGUCUCAUGGUCGGCUCGACACCAUCCAGUCCGAUCCUCUACAUGCAGAGACGGCUCGAAGGAACUUUAUCGACUCAGCCCUUAUCCCUCUGCCGACUGUGCACGUCGGUAACGCCCUCGAGCUCCUCCGGGACCCCAAGGGUGCCUUUGCAAAUCCCCCAGGAACCAGCGAGGGCCUGCCUGCAGACGAGCGGGGCUACGACUUGUGCUUCAUUGAUGCGGAUAAAACCAACUAUUUCGGGUACUGGAUCGAGUAUCUGAGGUUGACAAGGAAGGGGGGGCUGGUCGUUAUUGACAACGCGAUCCAAGAUGGAAGUGGCUUCGCCAUCGCCGUGAAGCUAUGA